UAUACUCACAUAUGUAUGUGUGUAAAUAAAUAUAUGUCUUUACAAUAAAACUUUCAAUCAAACAUUUAUGAGAUACUUAUUUUGUAUUACACCGGUUAACAACACGCGUGUCGCUAACAUCUAAAUAUUUAGAAUGGUUAAAAGAAAGCAAACCAAAUGCACAGCAGUGAAAGCUGACAGUAGUGAAGAUGAAGUAAAAUCUGAGAUAGAAUAUGUGUUUAGUGAAAGUAAUGGAGAAGACGCAAGUGAUGAAGAUUCUGAAGCUGAAGAAGAGAAAGUUGUAAAAAAGAAAAAGAAGACAUUAAAGAAAAGUGUUGAUGAGGAAUCUGGUUCAAAUGAAGACGAAAUUUCUCCAAGUAAAAAGAAAAAGACAAAAACAAAGAAAGCUAUUUCCAAAACACAAAAGGAUGCGGAUGGUGGUGAUGGUGACGAUGAUGAUGAUGAAAUUGUUGGUUUUGCAGAUGCUAUUUCAAGAAUUUUAGAAAGGACUCAGAUUCCUGUUGGCAAGAAACAUACAAUUCUUGCUAAAGGUAAAACAGACAAAGAAAUUCAGAGACAUAAACUCGAAAAAUUGUUGGAAUCAAAUCCCGAAGCAGUCAAAGAGGAAAUUCCAGAUUCUAAGGAUCAUAAAGAAAAACUGAAAGAGAAGAAAAUGAAACUUCUUUUAGCCAGAACAAAGCCUAAUGUCCUUGAGAUAAAUAAAGAACGCCAAUUGAAAGCAGUAGCUACACAAGGUAUUGUCCAGCUAUUCAAUGCUGUACAGAAACAACAGAAACUGAACGAGGAGAAUGAGAAUACUAUAAACACAACUGAGUGGAAAAAACAGAAAAUCUCUGAGAACACAGAGCAGAUGUCAUUCUUUCACCUACUUCAAAACAUGCCCAAAGUUAAUUUGUCAUCUCAACCAGAAGACACUAUUAAACCUGAACCUGAGAAAAAGAUUUGGAAUUUUCUGAAAAAUGACUUCAUACUCGAUAGCACCAAGAUGAAAGAUUGGGACAAAAAAGAGAGUGUAUAGUUUUAAAUAAAUUGUUCAAACAGUA